AUGACUAUAGAAAAUAUAUACAUCGCCAGACAUGGUUAUAGAUCCAAUUGGUUACCAAAGGGGCCAUAUCCACCACCUCCUACCGGCAUCGAUAACGAUGUUCCGCUUUCAGAACAUGGUGUCGAACAGGCGCAAGAAUUAGCAAACUAUAUUUCAAAACUGGAUGUCAAACCUGAGAUCAUUUUUUGCUCUCCGUUUUAUCGUUGCCUGGAAACGAGUAGACCCACAGUUGAGUCUCUUAAAAUUCCAUUAUACGUAGAUCGUGGUGUGGGAGAAUGGUACAAACCUGAUAGACCCAUUAUCCCAGAACCAGCAACUCAUGAAGUAAUGAGUAAAUUUUUCCCAGCUAUGAUAAAUCCAAAUUGGGAAUCUAGUAUCAUUCCUAGUAGUAGAGGUGAGACAGAAGAAGACAUUUUUGAAAGAUGUCAUAAGUUCUGGCCCAUUUUCAUCGAAAGGGUAGAAAAAAGAUUUCCAGAAAUCAAGACGAUUAUGAUUGUUACACAUGCAGCCACUAAAUCAGCUCUUGGUAUGAAUUUAUUGAAAUUCUCCAGUGCUAAAGAGCCCAUUGAUGAUAAAGGUACCUUUAUAAGAAACGGAAGUUGCGCUAUUGACAAAUUUGAGGUGUUGAAAGCAGAAGGUGAAAAUCUGCCAUUUGAAAAGAGGGUAUGGAGAAUUACGAUGAAUGGUAAUACAUCUUUUCUAACUAACGGAGAAGAAAUGAAUUGGACAUUUAUGAAUGCCUUUGAAGCCGGAUCUGACGCCGACAUUAAGGCAAGAAGAGCAGCAGAAAGCGGAAAAUUGAAAAUGGAAUAA